AUGAGGAGCGACGAUCCGCUAGAGGAGAACCUGUAUCUCACUGGUGGCGCGAACCAAAGCGUCGUCGACCCGCAAAGAGAGAGGGAGGCGGUGGACGACUUCAGGACCAACCUCGUGCGCGGAGCUGCCACAGCGAGGACCGUCGGCCAGUCUGGCGUCUCGUACGACGCGGCACCGCAGCACGUCUCCGACGACCGCAGCGGUUACGAUGCGCGCAACCUGCCCGGCGACGACGACCUCGAGCGCCUCGCGCUCUCCAUCGACGUCCGACAGUACCGCCCUCGCCGCCGCAUCUGCGGAAUCGACUGCACGGCGCUGCUGGACCGCCUCGCUCCGCCUGACUGGUGGUACUCGCUGUCGUACCGGCAACGCAACAUCGCGAAAGCGUUCGUGUGGGGCGGCGCGGCGCUCCUGGUGCUCGUCCUCGUGAUCUCCACGUCGGCGCAGUGGGCGCGGACCGCGAAGGCGAACGAGACGUGCCGCUGGACCAAGUACCGUCUCCCAACCGCCGUGCGCCCCACGCGGCAGGAAGUGUCAUUGACGCUGCCGGAGAUCAAGCCGGGCGCGGAGGUGACCGGGACGACGUCGAUCUACGUAGAGGUGGAGGCGCAGGAGCCGACGCGGCGCGCCGAGGUCGCCGCCGGGUGGGCGGCGACUGCGGUGGGCACCUUCGGACGGCGGCUUGCAGGGCGGGGGCUGCGCGCGAGCGAGGACGGCGGCGUGAACUGCAUCAUCAUGCACGCGGCAGGCAUGGACGUGCGCAGCGCCGAGGUGGUGGUCGUCGACGCGGACGGCGCCGCGCAGGGGGAGGCGCAGCGCGCCAAUUUCGCGAUGGGGGGGGAGUCCGAGCAGCUGAGCCUGCACGUGGCCGACGCGGUGCCAGGGGGCUCGCGGGCGCGCAUCGACAUCUCGUUCGCGUACCGCCUGCAGCCCGGGCUCCGCGGGCUGUACCUGAGUCAGUACGACGCGGGGGGGGAGUCCGACGACGAGGACGAGGGGGUGUCGUACCUCGCGACGACGCAGAUGCAGACGACGGACGCGCGGCGCGCGUUUCCGUGCUUCGACGAGCCCGCGCUGAAGGCGGUGUUCCAGCUCACGGUCGACGCCCCCGCGGGCCUGACGGCGCUCUCCAACACCCCCGAGGGGACUCUCCCGGCGGGGACCGCGCCGCCCGAGGGCCUCGAGCGCCACGCGUUCCAGCCCACGCCGCCGAUGUCGUCGUACCUCGUCGCCCUCGUCGUCGGCAGCCUGGUUCACACAUCUGUAGACGCUGAGAGCUCUUACGACCCGAAGCUGCCGAUUCGCGUGUUCGGCGUGGAGGGGCGGGACCCCGCGUCGCUCGAGGCGGCCGCGCGGUUCGCGUCGAAGAUCGUGCCGGCGUACGAGGGGCUGUUCGGUUCGAAGUUCAAGUUGCCCAAGUUGGAUCUCGUGGCGGUGCCGGACUUCGCGGCGGGCGCGAUGGAGAACUGGGGCCUCGUGACGUACCGCGAGACGGACCUCCUGGUGUCGACGGAGACGUCCAGCAGGGGCGUGCGGCGCGUGGCGGUCGUGGUGGCGCACGAGCUAGCCCACAUGUGGUUUGGGGACCUGGUGACCACGCGCUGGUGGAACGACAUCUGGCUCAACGAGGGCUUUGCGUCGUACUUCGAGCACGUGGGGGCGGACGCGGCGAACGCGGAGUACGCGCACCUCCCGAGCCUCUUCGUGGACACGGCGCGCGGCGCGCUGCACGCGGACGGCCUCGCGUCGUCCCACGCGCUGGCGCCCCCGCCCGAGGACGUCGACUCGAAACUCGCGGUCGAGUCCAUGUUCGACACGAUCAGCUACCGCAAGGGCGCGUCGUUCCUGCACAUGCUGCGCUGGAUGGUGGUCCGCGAAGGUCUUAACCCCGUCGGCGAGGACCAGCUCGUCACGGCGCUCCGGAGCUACCUCCAGGCGCACGAGCUGUCGUCGGUGACGACGCGCGGCUCCUUCGUGCCCGCCGUCGCGCGCGUCGUCGGCGACGGCGACGAGGAGGCAGGGAAGGAGACGCUCGACUCCUGGCUCUACCGGCAAGGCUACCCGCUCGUCCUCGUGACCAUGGUGCGCGACGAGGACCCGUCCAUCGACGGACACGUGCGCGUGGAGCAGCUGCCGUUCCUGGAAGGCGCCGGGACGGGCACGUGUAGCGACGCGGAGCCCGCGGCGGACCGCGGCGUUGCGGCGAACGAGGGCCGCUGGCUCGUGCCGCUCGAGAUGCGGCGGGGGCGUGACCCUGACCACGUCAAGUGGUACGCCCUCGACAGGUGCAAGCCCGCGCACCACGUGGUCGAGGUGGCGCCGGAGAACGACGAGGAGUACCUCCUCGUGAACGCGGGGCACCGCGGGUUCUACAGGGUCGCGUAUGACGCGAGCUUGUGGGGGCGGCUGGUCGCUGCGGCGCGAACGCGGCCCACGGUCGACAGCGCGUGGGGGCUCACCGAGCAGGACAUCGCCGGGCUCCUCGACGACGCGUGGGCGCUGUCGCGCGCGGGCAUGCAGCCGAUCUCGCACUUCCUGGGCCUGGUGCGCGCGGUGGGGGCGCGCACUGGCCCCCUCGAGUACUCCACGUGGGCGACGAUUCCGGGGUAUCUGACGGAGCUCGGGUGGUACUCGGAGGUCAUGGGGAAGCGCGGGUGCGACGCUGAGCUCGCGACGUGGGCGAAAGAGAAGCUGUACCGCCCGCUGCGGCUGGCGCACCCCGGGAUCGGUUCCCUGCAGGCGGACCCCGAAACACUGCCCCCCGCGACCAGGCUGGUGCGCGCGAGGAUGCUGCUGCACCUCGGUCUCCUGGGCGACGACGAGGUCGGGCGCGAGGCGUUCGACCUGCUCAAGAUGCGCGCGGACGUCGUGCUGCAGGAGGACGGCCGGACCCCGCAGCCAGGCUCGGAGGGGUGGAUCCACCCGGACACGCGGGACGUGACGUACGAGGUGGCGAUGCUGCGCGACGGAACGAAGUCGUUCGACCUCGUCAAGGGGCUGCACAAGGCCGCGCGGGACCCCGCCGAGGUCGAGCGCGCGCUCAUGGCCCUGGCCAGCAGCCGAAACGGCGACCUGGCACGCGCUGCCAUCGACUAUGCUCUCAGCGAGCACGUGCGCGCCCAGGACAAGCUCCGCGUCCUCACGCGCGUGGCGUACUCGAGCCACGAGAACGCGCAGUGGACGUGGAAGGCGAUCCGCAACCGCUGGGGCGAGAUCGCGGCGCAGGUGGGGGGCACGGGCGCGGCGGCGGGCCGCAUGGGGCGGCUGGUGUCGACCGUCGCGGGGCGGCUCGCGGAGCGCGACGCGAUCGAGAUCGCGCGGGAGCUGCGGAGCGCGCACCCGGAGGAAAUCUCGGAAUCAGAUUUCAAGAAAGCGCAGGAGGCAGUGGAGUCGAACAUGGCGUGGGUGGAACGCAACGGGCAGUCGAUGUGCGAGUGGGUGCGCGCGCACGCCUCGUAG